AUGCAUCUGGAAGCAAACGCCUUUGAAGGGAUGGAUUCUCUUACGUUUCUCAAAUUUCAUACUUUUCACUAUGGAAUUGAGAGUAAGAAAAUCCAAUUGCCAUAUGGUGGACUUGAUUCUCUUCCUGACGGGUUGAGAUGGCUGCAUUGGGAUGGAUAUCCUUCCAAAUCAUUGCCUGCCAAAUUUUAUCCCCAACAUCUCUUCCAUCUUAUUAUACGGGGAAGUCCAAUUAAAAAAUGUUGGGAAGGAUUUGACCAACCAAAGCUGGUGAAUCCGGCGGUGCUCGAUCUCUCAAAUUGUCCAAAUCUUACUGCUAUCCCAGAUCUCUCGUGCUCUUUAAAACUCGAGGAACUCCAUCUUCCGGGAUGCAAACGCCUAGUUGAAGUACCCUCUCAUGUACAAUAUCUGGACAGGCUGAUAACACUUGAUCUUUCAAACUGUGUGAACCUCAAGAGUCUUCCAUCAAAACUCAACUCAAAGGUCCUCAAGCAUGUUCGGAUAAACAACUAUCCAAAGGUGAAGCACUGUCCGGAUAUUAAUUCAGAAGAGUUGAUGGAAUUGAAUUUAGAUGCGACACCUGUCAGGGAGUUACCUAGUGCAGUUUACAAUGUCAAGGAAGGUGGCAGCCUACGUCUCUUUGGUGAAAACAUCACCGACUUCCCUGCAAUUUCUACUAGCUUGAGGGAGUUUCACUUGUCGCAUAAUGCAAUGAAAGAGAUGACUUCUUCUGAGGUACUGCCGAAAUUUGGUUCGCUAAAAUUGGGUGAUAACUCCCAACUCAAGAGCCUGCCAAAUAAUUUGUGGGACAUGGUCAUGUCUAAACUCCAUAUUCGGGGCAGCCCACUUCUUGAGAGUUUGCCAGAUAUCUCAGAGCCUGUGAAAGGUUUAUCCCGUAUUCGGAUAUCCAACUGUGGAAGUCUCAAAAGCCUCCCAUCUAGCAUCAACAAUUUAGUAUCUCUACAAGAACUCGAUCUGGGAAACACCGGCAUUGAGUCGUUGCCUUCCUCUAUCCAGGAAUUGGGCCUCCUUGAGUGGAUAUAUCUGAACAACUGCAAAAGCCUUCAGAGUAUCCCGAUCAAUAUCCAUAAACUACCAAAGUUAGUUAGCUUGAUCUUGAAAGGAUGUGGAAGUAUUCUAUCUUUGCCGGAGCUUCCAUCAAGUCUCUUUGAGUUGGAUGUCGGUGGCUGCAAGUCCUUACAAGCUCUACCAAGCAACACAGUUUGGCUGAUGAACAGAAAAUAG